AUGGAUCAGAUAGAUUUACCGGAUGAACAAAUGGACAAGCUACGGCAGUUUCAAGUAAGAAUAUUUUCUUUUCUUUUUAUUUCAUGCACCUCAACUUUCAGGAGAUCACCAACAUCGACGACCUUCAGGUGGCCAUUUGCAAGUUGGCAUCACUCGACUGGAACGUCCAGAGAGCUAUCGAAGCUCAUUUGAUGCCUGAGCUAGACGAUAAUGAAGAACCAGUUAUUCUCGAAGCUCCUCCAUCACGACCUGCUCCUUCCAGUGCUCCGUAAGUAUUUCUUUGUUAUUUGAGGCUUGGAAAAAUUAGCUGAAGAGAGCCUUAAAUUUAAUCCUCUGAUCUUUUAGACAAAUGAAAGUUUUGACGUUUAUAGGAAAAAAGUUAAAGCAUCGAAAUUUUCUAACUUUUCAAUUUUAGUCAAAAAAAACUUUCAAAUGUUCAAACUGAGUAUCACUUUAUUGGUAAGUUUUGGCUAUGUGCUGGACACAUGUCUUGCGAUUUUGAAUAUUUGAAUAUGCAAAAAAAGAAUAUUUGAACAGCCGAAAAUUAUCAACGACAAAAAAGUGCUUUUUAAAAUUACAUUGUAAUUUUGGCUGUUUCAGAAAGAAAUGGUUAAAAUAAUUUUGAAAUGUCAGAAAUUGUCUUUAUUUGGGGGAACAGAAAAACAAAUUCUUCACUGAAAGAUUUAUUGCCGAGUUUCACAGAAGUUAUACGCAAAAUAUGAGCCGCAGACGUCCGCGGCAUAACGACAGAGCUCAAGCCCCUGAACCGGAGGUUCAGUUUUCCCAUUUGCACAACUAAUUUUGAAAGCUCUCAGCCUUUGCACUCAGCUUCUGUCGGUAUGAACUCCAACAAUUCGAACGAUCACGGCGCAGUCACGCGAACUAGUAAGUUAAUUCGUCGAUGGUAGGGAAGGAAUUUUGGGUUCCGGAAAAAUUCGUGAGCGUUACUUGUGCAUACACCAAUCUUGGAGGCUCGAAUCUUUGAAAAUUUGAAUCUUUGCAAACGAUUCUUGGGAAUAUUCACCUCUUUUUUGAAUCUCCAUCUUUUUUUCUUUCCUUCAUUUUUUCCUUUGUCGUUCUAUUGUGAGGAUGUCGUGUUUCGACCACAAAUGAACACUGUAUGAUUUUUUUCAAACUUUUUUAUCAAAUAAUGCGUCUUUCUCGCAUACACAUAGUCAAAUAUUCGCUGCAGAACGGCUACCACAUUUUCAUUCACUCUGUAUAUAUUCUCCAUCAACUUCUGUUAACAAAAACAUUGGAAACAUUAUAAAAAAUCAGAAAAUAGGUGAAUAUUCCCAAGAAUCGUUUGCAAAGAUUCAAAUUUUUAAAGAUUCGACCCUCCAAGAUUGGUGUAUGCACAAUUAACGCUCACGAAUAUCCGGGAACCCAAAAUUCCUUCCUACCAUCAAUUCGUCUGAUACACUUGUUUUUAGGCGAAAUAUUUGCCUGUUCCAGUUCUUGCAUGUAUUCUGAUUCUGAAGAAAACUUUUUUUCUGGGAGCACUGCGCAAAUUUGUAUCUUAAAAUUGUUUUUUGCAGGAACAACCCGCAACGCUUUUUCUGAAAGAGGGCCUUCAUCGUCCGCCAGAAAUGCGACGCCGCCCGAAGAAACCGCUGGAGACGAUGAAAUGCGCUCUGAUGAUGACGACAUGUACAUCGAUGACGGCCACGACAUGGAAGCAGAUGUCGUUGUGCGUACUGAAAUUCUUAAACUCGAUUCUUUUUUUUGUAAUCGUUUUCAUAUUUGAAUCAAUUAGAAUAUUUUCGGCUCGCAAUCAAAAUUCAAAAAUUAUUUUUGAUUGCAGUAGAGUUUUCCUUGCUGUGGUAGAUGAUGCGGUUUUCAAUUGCAAGAUUAUCUAUGGCUCUUCAAAAUUUAGUUAUCUUUUUUUCUCUGAUGGCUGUUUUGGAUUCCGCGGAAUUAAUUCGAACACCAAAAGAAUUUUGCACGUGCUCUAACAAUUUCAAGUAAUUGAAUCUUUUGGGCAUGCGCGCUCUAUUGCAAAUUCAAAAGGUGCCAACAUUUCACUUUUUUUUUCUUCCAAAUUGCUUAUUUUUUAGCAGUUAUGAGCUCCUAUUGGAACUUUUUUGAAAGCUUAUGGCCGUUUCAGUCGGCUAGUCGUCGUGUGGAAGGCCUUGUACCUCUGAUUCCUCUUGAUUCUUCGGAUGUCCAUGAGGCGUUGCAAAAUUUCGUUGCUGUUUUUGAAAACAGGUCCGUUUCAUCUUCUUUCUUAAAAUUUUUUUUUAUAUUGAUUAGUCAGGCCCAAAUUUCCCAAAUUUAUGUUGAUUCGAAGUACAUUUAUCUAAAAGACUUUUCACUUUCUCAUUUUUUCUUUUGUUUUCGUUUGAACUUCAUCAAUGUUUAUCUUUUAACUGAAAAACUGAUACAUUUUUGCUCUUCCUCGUUAUUAAUGAGAAUUAUUACAGAUAUCGUGCCUCAGGGAAUAUGCCACAUUUUUCUACGGAAUCGUUACCCGAUGCGAUACGAGCGGCUUUCGAUAAGCCAGAAAGGUUCCUUAUAUUCGAAAUUAUUUUUUUUUUGUUCGUAGGUCAUUAAUUUCAUUUGAUUUCAGUUCGGAUCGUCGGCCUCUCGCUAUUUACAUUCACAACGAAAAAAGCAUUGCGGCCAAUAUUUUCGUAACUCAAGUCCUCUGUACUGAGGUCAUUUCGUCGUUGCUUCGCCAUCAGUUUGUGCUCUGGCCAUGGGACGUCACUUAUGAGUACGUUUUUUUUUUUGCAUUCGUACUUUUUCUCAAUCAAUUUUCCAUUUCAUGCAUAUGUCUCGCAAGAAAACUUUUUUUUUCUUGUUUUUGAAGUUUAACUUCCGAUAAUUAAAAGUUUAUUUAAUUAAAAAAAAAUUUUUUUUUCGUUUAUCAACUAACAAGUUAUGAAACACGUAAAUCAAAACAAAGCUGCAAUCUAUCGAAAUAGUGAAAGUGAUAGGUUUUCACUUGGUUGGAAAAUUGUUUUGAUUUUAUUUCACCGAUCACGUCAAUCAUAAAAAUAAUUUUGAACUUCAGAAAAAGUUUCUUGCUUGUCAUGAUUUCCCAUAGCUGAGCGAGGAAAGUAAAGAAAAACUCAACUAAUUUUGUCUAAUUCAGGGAGAAUGCUAACAAGUUGCGCGAAUGGCUCGAGCUUACGCAUAUGUCUGACGUCAUCUCUUUUGAUAACUUCAAGUACGUACGCAGCGAGACUUUCCCCAUGAUUGCCGUGGUGGUUCGCGACAAGGGAUCUUUCAUCCCCGUUCAGAUGUGCUGCGGUUUGAAAUUUCUCUUCAUCCACCAAAUGAGCAAAAAGUUGAAGGAACGGACAGUAUGGAUAGUGUACUGUCAAAAUUGAUGUCUGGAAUCGAUGCCUACGAAGCGAUUCGAGUUCAGGAGCAGACCGAAAAGCGCGAAAGAGAGGAGCGCGAAGCUAUUCGGAAUCAGCAACAUGCUGAGUUCGUUUCAACGCUUUUAAUUGGACUUAUAUAGCUGAUUUGCAGGUACGAAGAGUCACUAGCGGCUGAUAAAGCAAGGAUGGAAGCGAAGAAACGAGAAGAAGAGGAGAAAAGGGCGAAAGAAGAAGAGGAACGCAGGAAAGAAGAAGCAGAAAAAAUAAGGUAUUAUCCAGAGACAUUUGAUCAAUUAUAUCUAUUGUAAUUUCCGUUUCCCAUAGAUUUGUAGCCUAAUCAGUCAAUUAGGGUCCAUUAUUAAUGAAGUCAAGUGUUAUCAUUCCAAUUAAUUUUUUGAAGCAUACAUGGGAAAGAGAGAAGAUAAUUGACUACAAUGCGAAUUAUUAACAAAUAAUUCUCCAAAGCUUUAUAUAGUUUUUGAAUUUCGCAAAGUUUUCUCGUUGGCUUUUCAAUUUUUACUUUUUUUUUUCCUUUUUUUGAUCUUUAUUUUGACUAUACUUACCCUUUUUUGUGUGCGGUGGCCAAAGUCAGUUCAUAACAAUCUUUUAUUUCGAUGGAAUUUCAAGAUUAAUGAAAUUCCAGACGAGAAACGCUGGCGAAAAAACUGCCGAGUGAGCCGACCGAGUCGGAGCAGGACGUGAUGCAGGUGAAGUUCCGGCUGCCGACAGGCGAGCAGACGAUGCGUCGCUUCCGCCGCAAAGAGCCGAUCCAGGUGAUGGUCGACUACCUGUCGUCCAAGGGCUUCUCGCCCGCUCUCUACAAGUACUUCAACUCGGAUUACCCCAAAAAAGAGGUUCAUAUUGUGUUUUUGAAUUUUCAACUAUAUUUUUAAACUAGGCUGUUAUUAAGAUUUUCGCUGAAUUUUUGAGAAAUUAAUGAUGAUGAUGAUGAUGAUGAAAUACUAACCAUAAAUAAAUACAGAACAUUAACUUUUGACCUUUUAGGAAUCCCAUGUAUCCUUUGUAAAAUCCUAUGCAUUUGAUCAGUGAAGAAGGAAAAAAAGUUCUAGCGAUCAGCGGAGUUUUAUAUAACUUAGUGAUCGCUCAACUAGUUUCUGGAACUUGUGAAAGCUCGCAUUUCAUGAGAAUCAUUGAGCAAAGGAGCAUUUCGAUAAAUUCAUCUCAUGGUUUUUUGGUGUCCAUGUUGUUUUUUAGAAAAUAGUAUCAAAAAGCAAAAACGUAUUAAUUAGUGCUAUUAACAGACUUCUCUGCGCAAGUAAGCCAUUGUAAAAUAUCUAAGAAAGCAAGCUACGGAAUUGAUUAUUAAAUCGACAUUAAUUUUUACGAACUUCAUCGACGCGUUACAGGUGAACUCUCACUUCGACCUCACCCAAUCAUUUUUUGACGCGAAAUGGCCUGCUCGAGAACAGAUCCACGUCGAAGAAAUUUGA